CUUUAGUUUCACUUUCAUUAUGUGCAGCUAUUCCUGGGUGUGGUUUGGCUCAUAUAUAGAGCCUUUCCAAAGGAGCUGCAGGAGACACACUCUGAACUCUGUCUUUACUUCAGCUGUAGUAUCUACUCCGUACUCUUUAACCCAAACAUGGACAGGAACUAUUACAACCUAAACAUGGAUAGCAAUGUUGGUUGGAGCAGAAAUAAUGAGAAUAUGAGGAUAGUGAUGGUGGGGAAGACAGGAAUUGGGAAGAGUGCCACUGGAAACACCAUUCUGGGACGACAGUGCUUUGAAUCAAAGUUCAGUGCAAAGUCUAUGACUGUAGACUGUUCCAAGGGCAAAGCUGUGGUGGAUGGGCAACAGGUGGCUGUUAUCGACACCCCGGGCCUGUUUGACACCAGGUUUGGCAUGGAUAAAACAACUGAAGAUAUGAGCCAGUGCAUCUCUUAUGCUGCUCCUGGACCCCAUGUGUUCCUGGUGGUCAUCCGGCUGGGCAGAUACACCGAAGAGGAAAAGCAGACAGUGCAAAGGAUUCAAGAAAUCUUUGGACAGGCUGCAGACAGAUACAGCAUGGUUCUCUUUACUCAUGGGGACCUUCUUGAAGACACAACUAUUGAAGACUUCUUGAUGGAAUGCUCAGACCUGCAAGAACUCGUGACCAGAUGUAAUGGCCAGUACCAUGUCUUCAAUAAUAAGCUGAAGGAUCGCUCUCAGGUCACUGAGCUGCUCCAGAAGAUCAGAAAUUUAAACCAGAAGAACGGAGGAAGCCACUACACAAACAAGAUGUUCCAAGAGGCCGAGAGGGCAGUCGAAGAGGAGAAACAACGCAUCCUGAAAGAGAAAGAAGAACAAAUACGCAAAGAAAAAGAAGAAUUGGAGAGAAAACUUCAGGAAAAAUAUGAAAAACAGAUGAAGAAAAUGAAUGAACAACUUCAGGCUGAGAGAGAGAGGGAGAGGAAAGAGAGA